AUGAGAUCUUCCCAAAGGGGAUGGAGAUCAAGGGAAGUGGAUCACAUUCGAAACUGGGUUCUAGUGAUCUCCCGACAAGAUUUUACAGAGAUUCAUACCUAUCCAUGGCGACGCCCAUCAUUGGAGGCAAGGGUCAGCACCAUGAUGCAGCUCCAGAGGGCUGCCAUGCCCAAACUCAAAUGGAAAAGAGAGAAGGAUGACGUCCUUGGCAGAGGCGACGCCAAUCGCAAGCUAACAGGUGGUGCCAAGUGUGCUCCAAAAGGCAACACCAGAAAAGGAUAUGAAGGCGAUGUCAGGCUAUGCGAUGCUGAGGCUUCCUGGGACCAGGGUGAUACCACGACAGUUGGAUCUGGCGAUGGCAUGACGAACGUUGGCAACAAUUGCCUAGGCAGCCCCUUGGGCAUGUUGGGCAACGCCAAAGAAGGCCAAUAA